CUAUUAGCUCAGAAGCUUCCGGCUUCUUUCUCUUCGAUGAGAUUAACAAGACAGUAAAAAGCAAUACUACAAUGAGUACAUAUUUGGAUUAGAUAGAGGGUAAAUUCGCCUCUUUAGACACUUUUAAUCUUCGCUUUACCGUGUUUCCUCGUGUUUACCGUGUGGAAUUAACGAGGAACAACACCGGCUGUCAACUACAGUAGAUUAUUUUUGCCCGAAGCGGAUUGCAGCCAUGAUGGCGUCAAGCUACAACGCUAAGGAAGAGGACGGACACAACUCCGGUGCUUCUAAUCACGGAGGCGCAGGGGUUGUGAAAAGUAAAAAGCCGGACAACACGGCGUUCAAACAGCAGAGACUACCAGCCUGGCAGCCAAUCCUGACUGCGGGCACCGUGCUGCCCGCUUUCUUCGUUAUCGGUCUCAUCUUCAUCCCCAUCGGCAUCGGCCUGUUUGUCACUUCAAACAACAUCAGAGAGUUCGAGGUUGAUUACACUGGUGUAGAUAUUAACAAUCCAUGCUACAACUGCGCCAAAAACUUCAGCUGGAACAGCACCACCCCAUGCACCUGCGAGGUGCCCUUCACAUUGAAGCAGCCAUUUGAGAGCAACGUCUUUAUGUACUACGGCUUAUCCAACUUCUAUCAGAACCACAGACGCUAUGUGAAGUCCAGGGAUGACAGCCAGCUGAACGGUGACCGGAAUUCUUUAAUGUCUCCCAGUAAGGAAUGUGAACCGUACCGUACAAGUGAGGGACAGCCCAUUGCUCCGUGUGGGGCCAUAGCUAACAGCCUUUUCAACGACACUCUGGACCUGUAUCACAUCGAUUCCAAUGACACCAGAAAUGUGAUUCCUCUGGUUAAGAAGGGUAUUGCGUGGUGGACAGACAAACAUGUGAAAUUCAGGAACCCCGGUGGAAACAACAACCUUACUGUAUCUUUCCAUGGCACAUCCAAGCCGGUGAACUGGAGGAAGCCGGUGUUUGAGUUGGACCCAUCCGAUCCCGAGAACAACGGCUUCAUCAAUGAGGACUUCAUUGUGUGGAUGCGCACGGCUGCAUUGCCCACAUUUCGCAAGCUCUAUCGAAUCAUCCAGAAGAAGUCCAGCACGACCCCUACUCUACCCAGUGGCAGAUACAUCCUGAAAAUCACUUACAAUUACCCUGUGCUCAGCUUUGAUGGUCGCAAGCGUAUGAUCCUGAGCACCAUCUCCUGGAUGGGAGGGAAGAACCCCUUCCUUGGCAUUGCCUACAUCACCGUGGGCUCCAUCUGCUUCUUCCUGGGUGUAGUUCUGCUCAUCAUCCACCAUAAAUAUGACACCCGCAACAACAGCGCGGACAUUCCAAGCUAAACUAUAAUUAAAUAGCAUUUUCCUGUCUAUGCAUGCAUGGGUGACCCUGAAGGGUCCAUUCUGGAUUGAUUGUUGACUUUAGCCUGAAUACACUGGUCUCUGUAAUUGUUGUUUGUGUAAAGACAGCAUUGUCUUGAGUGUCUCAUCAAAAGCUGUGUUUCUGUGUAAGGGCAAUGAAGGAAAAAGAACGAUGCUGGAGUCUGUGUCUCUGUGCAUAUAGCUUCAAGUCAGCUGCUGAGAAUGUCCAUUUCUUGUCUUUCAAAAAAAUGUAUUUAUCUUCUAUUUAUCUAUACAUUAUCAAAGUAUCUGUUUUAUUUUAGCAGUGCUUUGCGAACGGCUUAAUUAUCGAAGGAUGUAUGUAUUUUUUAUGCAAGUUCUUGUCCAUAGUCUGUACUGUAAUAUGUCCUGCUGAUGAAUGUACCAUUAUAUUUCAUUGACAUACCUCUGUGGUUUUUGAGAUUACCUUGAAUAUAGGAUUGAAAAAGCCUUGCUUGUGUGCCGCUGAUUAUAGUAAGCACUGAUAUUUAACAAGAAGUAUUUUAUCCUUGAAAGAGUCAUAGAAUAAUCAUGACAAGUAGCAACAAAUGUGUGAUUAUUUACCCUCUAUGACUGGUUUUAUAAAGAGACUGAGCCAGUCAUAAGGCAUCUUUUUAAAAUUACAAUCUGAUGCUUAUUAUUGAUAGAAGCAUUAUUCUAUACCACUGUAACUAGUAUCCAUAAUUCUAUGACUCUGGGCAGCGUCUCAGGGUGAUUAGAGCACAAAAUUAAUUUGGUAUUUUUACAGAUUGGCCUGAGUGUUCGAUUACCUUUGCUUUCUUUAAUGUUGACCAAAUGAUAUGCACUUUACAAGUGUCACAUUUGUUAGUCUCCUCCUUUGUUUCACUUCAU